UUUGAACUCGUCAUUCUGCAGAUGCAAAUUAUAAUAUUAUGCUAUGCAUUAAACUGUGUAAAGAAGAAAGUACUGACCUUUCCUUGAGAAGAGGUGGAGUCGAGAUCCUGACUGGGUGUGGAGCUGCUGCCUCUCUCAGGCACCUCCUGGUUAGUUAUCAGAGCUCUGUGAACACAGCCUGCCGUCUAGGCGCUCUCUGCAGCUUCUGCCAAGGAAAUCAGCAGUCCUGGGACGGUGACACAGGACCCCUCAGCUGCCACAUGCUGAAGUUGUACAUAUUCAUCGGUUUGAUGUGCCUGGCGAGAUCAGAGAGGAACCAGAGAAAGAUGACACAAUGUCCCAGUCCACCUGGUUAGUCAUUUGCGCACACAGGAACAAGGCUCGGCUUACUGAUGGAUCAGGCCAGAGAAGGAGAUAAAAGAUGUGCUACCUUCACCAAGCUGAGCUUCUCCAAAGCGGUGAUUGGGACCGGACUCGAUGUGAGACUGCUGCUCUACACAGGGAGAGACCGGACCUGCGCCCAAAUCGUCAACUCCACGGCCUUUGGGGACCUCAGUGUAACCAAGAAAACCACCUUCGUCAUCCAUGGCUUCAGGCCCACGGGCUCUGCUCCGAGGUGGAUGGAGGAUUUAGUACAGGCUCUGCUGUCUGUGGAAGACAUGAAUGUGGUGGUGGUGGAUUGGAAUCGAGGAGCUGCGACUGUCAUUUACAACCAGGCCUCUAGUAAGACCAGAAAAGUUGCCAUGAUCUUGAAGGAAUUUAUCGACGAGCUGUUGGCCAAAGGAGCAUCUCUGAGCAACAUUUAUAUGAUUGGAGUGAGCCUAGGCGCCCACAUAUCUGGGUUUGUUGGAGAAAUGUACGCCGGGCAGCUGGGAAGAAUUACAGGUCUUGACCCCGCGGGCCCUUUAUUCAACGAGAAACCUCCCGAGGACAGAUUAGAUCCCAGCGAUGCCCAGUUCGUGGACGUCAUCCACUCUGACAUGGAUGCACUGGGAUACAAGCAACCACUGGGAAACAUAGAUUUCUACCCAAAUGGAGGAUUGGAUCAGCCUGGUUGUCCCAAAACAAUAUUUGGAGGAAUGCAGUAUUUCAAGUGCGACCACCAGAGGUCCGUGUACCUGUACCUGGCUUCCCUGAGAGAGGACUGCGCGGUGGUCGCGUACCCCUGCGACUCUUACCGGGAUUACAGGAACGGCAAAUGCAUCAGCUGCGGCAUGGCGCACACGGAACCCUGUCCCCUUGUGGGUUACUAUGCUGAUCGCUGGGAAGCCUAUUUAAGGGAGAAGGAUCUCUCAGCCACCAAGGCAUUCUUUGACACCGCUGAGCGGGAGCCAUUCUGCAUGUAUCACUACUUCGUGGAUGUGAUACCUUGGAACAAGAACGUAAGAAGAGGCUCCAUCACAAUCAAGUUGAGUGACAAAGAUGGAAACACCACAGAAUCGAGAAUCGAUCAUGAACCGGCCACAUUUCAGAAAUACCAGCAAGUGAGCCUGCUGGCGAGGUUUCACAGAGAUCUGAGUGAAGUGGCUGCCGUUUCCUUGCUGUUCUCCACAGGCUCUGUGGUCGGCCCCAGGUACAAGCUCAGGGUCAUCCGCAUGAAGUUGAGGCCCCUCACACACCCUGACAGGCCGCAGCUCUGCCGCUAUGACCUUGUCCUGAUGGAAAAUGUUGAAACCAUCUUCCGGCCUAUUCCCUGCCCCAAGCUGCAAUUGUAACCUCAUGGGGACCAGUUGGCAACCUGAUGCCAAGUGGGCGACAUCUAUAGACUCUGUAGAAGCUUCAUCUCACCUUUUCUUCAAGGCUUCAGCAGUAUGAAGGUUAUUUCCAGCAGUGUCCUGUGAAUGUCCCGUUGUCAAACAUCAAGUGACCUCGUGGUUAUGAAACAAUCCCAGGAAAGCAGCCCCUAACUGGGGCAAUUCAGAAAUAGCCAGGCUCCCGCCAGCCCUGCACGUUGUGUGCCUGUGUGCGUCCUGGGGCCUGGUUUGUUCCGAUCUGUCACUUCUGUGGCAUGUCACCAGCGCUGCUGUCCCUCGAGGGUGCAGGUCGAGCAUCUGAAAGGGAAGGACAGCUGGAGACCCGCUGUGAACUCCCACGACCUGUGCCCAGUUCCCCAAGCGCCCGCCUCGCUUGGCUGCUGCAGACUGGACUGGGAAGGUGAACUCGGGGAGGGUUCCUUGGGAUCCCACAGGUGCCGCAUCUGGGAGAUGCAUGAUGGAUGUGAAAGUGUUCUUAUUUAUUUUGAUACGGCUGAGCUCUCCUGCUCAGACAGGGCAGCCUCUCCCUGCUUCUCUCUGGGGCUGUUUGCUCUGAGAACAUCACACACCUGACUUCCCCCUUAUGAGGGGUGGGAAGGGCUGACAGCCUCGAGGGUGGCAAGUGGGGGACAGGAGAGGGCAGAGGAACAGGACACAGCCUCUGGCUUGGGGACAGGGGUGGAGCAAGAGGUGAAGAGACAGGAGACUGACGGUGGAUUAUUAUUAUUAAUUAUUAUUAUUAUUAUUAUUAUUAUUAUUAUGUUGAUGUGGUCCUGGGAAUGAAACCCAGAGCCUCUGCAUGUUAGACGGUCACUGUAACACUGAUCACCACCCUGCCCCAGUCACCUGAAGCAAUCCCAAAUAAUCAUAUUUAUUUUUCUCUA